AUGGGAUCACACGUUUGGAUUAUUGGCAUGACGUUGUCGCUUGCUGCUACGCUCUUUGGUACGCUGGGCAAGGUACUGCUUAAGCUGUCGCACACGUCACCACAAGCGGUGUCAGUCAAGGUGGCAGCAACUGUGUGCGUAUUUUUACUCAACCCUGUGUUUGACGCAAUGAGCUACGCGUAUGCAGCGCAGUCGAUCUUGGCGCCCAUGGCCGGCUUUAGUGUCGUGUGGAAUAUUGUGCUUUCGCCAUAUUUGCUCCAUGAAACACUGUCUGCAAAUGACGUGACAGGAUCGGCGGUCAUCUUGGUAGGCUGUAUUCUUGUUGGCAUUUCAGGGAGCCACGAUACCCCGACGCACCACAGUGCCGAGCUGUUUGGUCUGUUUCAGAGCCGUAUUUUCGUCGAGUACGCUAUUUUUGUCGUAUGCAUUGCGGUGGUGUUGGCAUGGGUGAUUUGUAGCUAUAGUACGCAGAGCGGCUGGAGGAGGUUUGCAUUUGGCGCUCUUUCUGGUCUCAUUGGUGGCAAUCUCUUCUUUCUCAAGGCUUCAGUAGAGCUACUUGCCGAAGGUGGGGCUAUUUGGUUCAACCCAGAAACUUAUGUCAUUUUUGUGGCAGCCUUGUCGUCAGCAGGAGGCGGUAUUUACGUUUUGGACCAAGGUCUUCGCGAGUACGACGCGCUUUACCUCGUCGCUAUCUACCAAGCAUUUCUCAUCCUAAUUGGCUCCAUUUCGGGUGUGAUCUUCUUUCAUGAGAGUUCAGGAAUGAAUUCAUGGUGGCAACUUGUCGUCUAUCCCUUCAGCAUCGCCAUAACGGUUGGCGGCAUUAUUGUCCUGUCAGAAAAGCAUACUGAGCACUGCGAUCCGGUGUACGCCAACGGUGUUAUUAAUGGAGCCAAACAAGGUGAGAUUUUGCCGCUUAUCACCUCACUGAACGACGAAGUCGCCAACGGAUCGAACCAUGGCUCCAUCGAAGUUGUGUAG